UGUGGCGGUGGUGUUCUAUGCAGGGCUCGGUUGCUCACGCUCUCCUCAGACGCAUAGUCUCGAAUUAUAGGAUGAUAACGGGCCAUCAGGAUAGGCUGACUCCAAAUCGGGCAGCGGUCUUGUUCCCUUCGCUCUCAAAGCCAUGGCCCACGACAACACCCCUGACAGCAAGCGAGGGGAGGAGCUCCCAGCCCCAGCAGUGGCAGUGUGGCCAGCACCAUGCUGGUGAUCAGGCCUCAGCUUGUGCAGCGCGAUCUGGAUCACCUCUGUGAUCCGGGGGAGGUUAUGGAAUUCACUCCACUUGGCUGGCGCCCAACCCCGGCGACAGCACGUUCCUGGGAGGAGCUCCUCCUGAUAAGAACGACGCUCCUACAGUAUCUCAGGUCGACACGACCUUCCGUCGGCCACACUGGAACUCAUAUGUCCGUUGUGCAUCAAUCAGACCGAACUCCCCUGCCCUCAAAAUCCAUUCGUUGAGAAAUGUGCUCGUUACGGGUGCGACGGGCUUCAUCGGCGCCCAUGUUGUGGAUAAUCUGCUAGAGAAGGGCUUCAAUGUCCGCGCCGUGGCACGAUCGAAGCAGAAGGCCGAUCUUAUGAGGCAAGCCAGAAAGGCGUACGAUUCAAAGUUGAAGUUUGUCUUUAUCCAAGACCUUUCGCAAGAAGGUGCUUUUAAUGGUCUUCUUGACGGAAUCGAUGGUAUCAUUCAUGUUGCCAGUCCUCUCAACUAUUCUGUGGCAGACAAGGAAAAAGAGUUGAUCAUCCCAGCCAUUACGGGUGUCCGCUCAAUUCUUGAAGCAGCCGCAAGAAGCCCGGCCAAGCGAGUGGUGAUGACUUCUUCGUUUGGAGGUGUUCUCGAUAUGAACCGGCCAUUGACAUCUGAGUGGACUUACUCAGAGAAGGAUUGGAAUCCCAUCACCUACGCUGAAGCUAUAUCUCCUGACGCCACACCGCAAGACGCUUAUCGUGCCUCGAAGAAAUUUGCUGAGCAAGAAGCCUGGCGGUUCAUGGAGACCAAAACUCCCGACUUUGACCUUGUGACAUUGUGUCCCUCGAUGGUGUUUGGGCCUGUGGCCCAUCCAGUGAGUUCGGUGCAGAAUCUGAACGAGUCGAAUGCCCUGCUGUGGAGGGUAGCCAACAGUGACGGUAACACACCGUUGCCUCCAGCACGAUUCAAUUUCUGGAUUGAUGUUCGAGAUCUGGCCGAAAUACAUGUGAAGGCUCUGUUGACUCCUCAAGCUGGAGGCAAGCGAUAUCUGCCUGUGGCACCCGAGAAGUUUAACUAUCAGCUUGCUUCUGAAAUCAUAGCCCGAAAUUUCCCUUCAGCAGCAAGCUCAGCGACUGCGGAAAAGCAGAAGAUCUUGGAAAAUGUCAACGUUGAUCGCAAGAAUCUAGAUGAAGAUUUUGAUAUGGCCUACCGACGAUUCGAGGAGACAGUAGUAGACUUUACGAAACAGGCAUAUCGAAUGGCUGGCCCCUCUACAUAGAAUGCAAUACACAAUUGCCAUUAAGAAGUAC